AUGUUGCGCGACUUCAGCGGAUUUCCAGGUGUGAUUGGCUGCAUAGAUGGCACACAUAUUCCCAUUAAGGCUCCUUCAGUAAAUGAAGGAGACUAUGUGAACAGAAAGUCAUUCCACAGUAUCAAUGUGCAGAUUAUAUGUGAUGCAGCCUAUGUCAUCAGCAACGUGGAGGCAAAGUGGCCUGGGUCUGUGCAUGAUGCCAGAAUGUUCCGUGAAUGCACACUGAGUGCUAGACUUGCUCGUGGGGAGUUCAGUGGUUACCUACUCGGUGACAGGGGGUACCCAUGCCAGCCCUAUCUGCUGACCCCAUACCCUGAUCCUGAGCCUGGCCCACAGCAAAGAUAUAACUUGGCUCACAGCAGGACCCGGGCCAGAAUAGAGAUGACCCUGGGCAUACUGAAGGCCCGUUUCCAGUGCCUCCGUGGCCUCCGUGCCACCCCAGAAAGGGCCUGUGAUAUCAUUGUUGCAUGCGUAGUCCUGCACAAUAUUGCAAUGAUGAGACGAGAAACCUGGGUUGCUGCCCCAGAGGUUGACCCUGAUAACAACCCUGACAUUCCUGUUGAUGCAACAGAUGGACAAGCUGUUCGAAACGCAAUAUGUUCUAAUCAUUUCCAGUGAAUAAGUUGCAAAUAAAAACAUAUGACAAUCA